UUUUGUGUAUCAGUGAAUAGUGUGCUUAUACAUUGAGUAUAAUACAGUACAGUGCUUUUUAGUGUAGUGAAGUGAACAAUCUAUAAUAGUGAAAAUGUCAGGUCGCGGUAAAGGUGGUAAAGUUAAGGGAAAGGCAAAGUCCCGUUCAAAUCGUGCUGGUCUUCAAUUUCCAGUUGGUCGUAUUCAUCGUUUGUUGCGCAAAGGCAAUUAUGCUGAGCGUGUUGGUGCCGGUGCUCCAGUUUAUCUAGCUGCAGUUAUGGAAUAUUUAGCAUGUAAUGAAAUAAAAGAAAAAUAAUUAUUUAUAAAUUAU